AUGGCCAUGGACUGCUUCUCCCGCGCGUACGGACUGGCCAUCGUCAACGCCGUCUGCAUCGGCGGCACGGCCAUGAUCCUCUACGCGCUCGUCAACCUGGCGCGGAAGCCCGACCGCAGCAGGGGCUCCAUCAUCGUGCUCACCGUCUUCCUCCUCUUCUGGGUCGGCGUCGGCGCCAGCGUCUACACGGCCUUCUACGGCGCCCUCUCCCCGUGGUCGGCGCUGCGCCGGUGCCUGGCCUCCGCCCGCGGAGCGCUGCUGCGCCACCUCCGCCGUAUGGGCCGGCUUCUUUGCCUGCCGUUCCGGUCCAGGCUACGGCGCCGAAGCGGCAGCAGCCCUCUGCCGCAGUUUCUGGACCAAAUACAGCAGAGUCACAUGCCCGCGCUGGCCAGGGAGCCGCCGGCGAAUGGCGGCGCGCGGUCGGCGACGGCGCAUGACAUCCUGGCGUACGAGCAGCCGGAGCUAGGCGGCGGCCCGUCGGAGUGUGCGGUCUGCCUCGGGGAGGUGGAGAAGGGGGAGACGGUGAAGCGGCUGCCGGCGUGCCUGCACAUGUUCCACCAGCAGUGCAUCGACCCGUGGCUGCACGAGCACUCCACGUGCCCGGUCUGCCGGUGCAUCGUCUUGGCGCCAUUGCCGGCCCCAAUGGUAUGA